AUGCAGAUCACCAACAUUCUCCUCCACGCCUUGGCGCUGGCCCCUGUUUUCGCUCACCCAGAGCGACUUACAGCCGAGAAGGCCAAGGCCGAGGCGCAUGUGGUCGGCCGAAGCACCAACAAGUGCGCCGCUGCUAUUGAAAAGCGCAAGGCAGAGAUCUUUGCGAACCGCGCCAGCCGUCUGCGUGCUCGUCGGGCCGAGGCCGGAUAUGCUGAUGCUCGGGACCUCAUGCAACGCGAUUCUCUGCACUACACCACCAUCCAGAACGACACUUGCGUCCUGGCUCCUGACACUGUCUGGGGUCCCUAUGGCGUUGACGGCGAGAUGGUCCGUCAUGACCUCCGUGAGUCGCAAGGAGGCUUGGACUUCUACCUUGAUAUCGGUGUGAUCGACAUCGAGACCUGCGAGCCGCUCAAGGGAACCGCUCUCACUAUUUGGAACUGCAACGCCACGGGAUCCUACUCAUCAUUCACUGGCAUCGACCCUGACACCGCGGAACUCUUCGAUGACUGGACGAAGAGAGAUGAUGGGACAACCGACGAUGAAACCUUCCUGCGCGGAAUCCAAGUCACUGAUGACAAUGGUAUCGUCGAAUACCUGACCAAGUUCCCGGGUUACUACGUCACGCGCACCACGCACAUUCACGUCACUGCUCAGACGAACAUCACCAACGGCACCUCAUACUCCGCCAGCAAGGUCCAGCACAUCGGACAAUUGUUCUUUGAGGAGGAUCUGCUGAGCCAGGUUUACGCUCUGGAGCCGUACAGCGCACACUUGACGACGCUGAACCGCACCACCAACGCCGAGGAUUCGCUCUUCUCCGACGCCAGCUCUGAUGGCUACAGUGCCGUCAUCAGCGUCACUCAGUUGACCGACAACAUCGAGGAUGGUCUCGUUGGCUACAUCACUCUCGGAGUGAACUCUUCGGCGGAGGGUCUUGCCAUCACUGGCGGCGGCGUCAACCCCCAAGGAUACUUGCCCACUGUCAGCGUGGAUGCAAGCAAGUAUGCUCAGGCGACCGCGGUCGACAGGGCCGACGGAUACCAGUCAUAA